GCUGGUCCCAAUGUCAGUGAAACCCAGCUGGGGGCCCGGCCCCUCGGAGGGGGUCACCGCAGUGCCCGCCAGUGACCUUGGAGAUAUCCACAACUGGACCGAGCUGCUCGACCUCUUCAACCACACUUUGUCUGAGUGCCACGUGGAGCUCAGCGAGAGCACCAAGCGCGUGAUCCUCUUUGCCCUCUACCUGGCCAUGUUUGUGGUUGGGCUGGUGGAGAACCUCCUGGUGAUAUGCGUCAACUGGCGCGGCUCAGGCCGGGCGGGGCUGCUGAACCUCUACAUCCUCAACAUGGCCAUCGCGGACCUGGGCAUUGUCCUGUCUCUGCCCGUGUGGAUGCUGGAAGUCACGCUGGACUACACCUGGCUCUGGGGCAGCUUCUCCUGCCGCUUCACUCACUACUUCUACUUUGUCAACAUGUACAGCAGCAUCUUCUUCCUGGUGUGCCUCAGCGUUGACCGCUAUGUCACCCUCACCAGUGCCUCCCCCUCCUGGCAGCGUUACCAGCACCGAGUGCGGCGGGCCAUGUGUGCGGGCAUCUGGGUCCUCUCGGCCAUCAUCCCGCUGCCUGAGGUGGUCCACAUCCAGCUGGUGGAGGGCCCUGAGCCCAUGUGCCUCUUCAUGGCACCUUUUGAAACGUACAGUACCUGGGCCCUGGCGGUGGCCCUGUCCACCACCAUCCUGGGCUUCCUGCUGCCCUUCCCUCUUAUUGCAGUCUUCAACGUGCUGACGGUCUGCCGGCUGCGGCAGCCAGAACAACCCAAGAGCCGGCGCCACUGCCUGCUGAUGUGUGCCUAUGUGGUCGUCUUUGUCAUUUGCUGGUUGCCCUAUCAUGUGACCCUGCUGCUGCUCACACUGCAUGGGACCCACAUUUCCCUCCACUGCCACCUGGUCCACCUGCUCUACUUCUUCUAUGAUGUCAUCGACUGCUUCUCCAUGCUGCACUGUGUCAUCAACCCCAUCCUUUACAACUUUCUCAGCCCACACUUCCGGGGCCGGCUCCUGAACGCUGUAGUCCAUUACCUUCCUAAGGACCAGACCAGGGCAGGCGCACACUCCUCCUCUUCCUCCUGUUCCACCCAGCAUUCCAUCAUCAUCACCAAGGGGGACAGCCAGCCCGCUGCAGUAGCCCCCGACCCCGAGCCAAGCCUGAGCUUUCAGGCAUCCCCUUUGCUUCCAAAUACUUCCCCCUCCUCUCCCCCUCAGCCUCUUACAUCCAGCUGAGGUAAAGGCCAGGCUCCUCCAACAGUGAAGGAAAAGGCACAGGUAAGAGUAUAGGUGGGAGAUUUGGGGGAUGUAGAGGGGAGGGUCAAAUUUGUGUCUAUCUUAAAAUACUGAGGUAUGGAGAGGGAGACAGGGUCGGGAGGGAUAGAGAGCAGGCCCUCAGUGUUGUACUAUUUGUCUCGGUCCUUGUGUCUAAGGAGCCAUGCAGAAAAAAAGGUGAAAUAAAUGGGAGAGAUAGUCAUGGA